GACAAUGAGGAACCAUUCGCAACAGACUCGGAUCUAUCAGAUCCCGACAUCUAUGAUGUUAAUGCGGUCGACUGGGACCUCAAUGCUUCCCCGCUCCACCUGGCAAUCAUGAAAGGCCAUGUGGAGGCUGUUGAGGAGCUUGUCACGAACUUUGGGGCCGAUGUGCUGCUUCCUAUCAAAUCAUCCAGCGAUUCAUCCAGCACUAAACGCUCUGCCACUCUCACGCUGGUCCUGGCUCUUGGGCUGCCUCUAGAGCGGGCGAAGAUAAUGACAGCAAAGCUCUUACAGCUUGGUGCAUCUCCUGCCCAGGCGGACUUUGAUCAUAGAACGCCUCUUCUAUACGUUGCAGGAGUAGGACACGAGGAUAUCCUUGACCUUUACAUACAUUAUGACCAGCCAGCCGUCCUGCGGGCUCUAAAUCAUCUGUCUGUGGUUGAAAUCCGCUAUAGGACACUUUCCGUGGAAACUCCCCUAAUAGCAGCUAUCGGGGCGAAAAACUUAACUCUAGCGAGUAGAUUCCUCCAACUUGGGGCACGCCCCUUGAUAAGCUUCCAGGAGUUUAUGGGCGCCGCACAAGAUAUCUCUUGGGUUCGAUCUCGACUAACAACGGAGAACCGGCAGGAUUUCGAGGAGGACUUUGAUCAGCCAGUCACCUAUGCAAUUAAGAACGAUCUUCCGUUACUCGCAAUGGAAUUGCUCGCUCGAGAUGCCGAUCCAAAUACCCUCACUCGAGAGGGGCACGUUGCGUCUGGGAAAUCGUACUACGCGUCAAGAACUACUGGUUCCUCCUUGUUGGAUUCUGUUCGCGCUAGGUUGGCCGCUUCUCGCGGCUACAAGGGGGAAAAAGUCAGUGUUGUACCUCCUGCGGUUUUGGAUUUUGACGACAGCACAUACUUAGACGAGUUCAAUCCGGGCACAUACUAGUGCUGGACGGCAAGGGGGAUGCUUGCACAGAAAAGGAAGAGCGUCGAGCGAGAAGGGAAGAAAUAUAGGGAGGCAGUGGAGGCCGCAAACAGCAAGGAGGGCUUGGAAGCAAAGAAGGCGGCGAUUAAAGAACUCACUGAUGCUUAUGAGAAGCUAGAGUCGGAUUUACUCUAGCGAGGCGCCAAAACCUUUCAAGAGCUUCGACCAGAUAUCAAGCC